AUGGAGAAGUACACCAAGUGCCCAAUUGACCUGCAGCAGCUGCAGCUGGAGAUUGUGAUCUCUGAGGAGUCUGAGCGCGACGUCCAGCGCCAGUCGCUGCAGCGCGUGGCCGAGGAGGUCGACGACCGCGACUGGCGCUCGCGCGCCCCAGCGUCAGACGAGCCUGCCUGGGCCUCUGGCCAGGGGCAGCAGCAGCAACAACAGCAGGAGAGGUCGCAGCAGCGGGGCCCGCAGCAGCAGCAGCAGGCGCAGAACGCGGGCGGGGGCCAGGGUCAGCAGCAGGCGCAGGCCCAGCAGCAGGGCAAACAGCAGGGGCAGCAGCAGUGGCAGGGCGGCAAGGAGCUGCCGAAGAUCCAGAAGGCAGAGGACCUCGGGCGGCAAAAGUACGUGGUCGGCGCGGCGGUGGAGGGCAAUGACAGGGCGAUCCGCUCGGUCAAGGGCAUCCUGAACAAGCUGACGCCCGAGAAGUUUGACCGCCUGCUCGCCCAGCUGCUCUCCGUCAUCACCAACGCCGCCAUCCUCAAGGCCACUAUCGCGCUCGUGUUUGAGUCGGCCGUCGCGCAGCCCACGUUCUGCGCCAUGUAUGCCGACCUCUGCCUGCACCUGUCGCGCGAGGUGCCCGAGUUCCCGCCGGGCGAGGGCGACACGCGGCCGAUCAAGUUCAAGCGCAUGCUGCUGAACACGUGCCAGGACGAGUUUGAGGGCGUGGCGGAGGCGCGGGAGGAGCUGCAGCAGAUCAGUGACGCGCAGGAGCGCGCCGCGGCCGAGAAGCGCGUCAAGACGCGCACCAUGGGCACGGUGCGGCUGAUUGCUGAGCUGUACAGGCAGGAGGUCGUCAAGGAGAACAUCAUAUUGGUGUGCAUCAGGGAGCUGCUAGAGGCAGCGAACCCCAAGUCCGUGCCGGCAGAGGACUCUAUCGAGGCGGCGUGCGAGAUGAUCACGAUCUCGGGCAAGGCCCUGGCCGCCAGCGAGGACAAGAAGACGCGCGACGCGCUGGACGGCUACAUGGCGCGCCUGCAGCGCCUGCAGGACGCCAAGGAGCUCAGCAGCCGCAUCCGCUUUGUCGUGCGGGAUGUCGUGGACAUGCGGCGCAACAAGUGGGUGCCGCGCCGCGAGACGUUCACGGCCAAGAAGCUGGACGAGGUGCACGCGGAGGCGGAGGCGGAGCUGGGCAUGGUCACCGUCGCGCGCAUCGCCGACCUGCCCGCGCUGCCGGUGCAGAGGGCGGGCCUGACGCAGGACGACUUCAGCCUGCUGCCCCCUCUGCGCGGCGGCGACGAGGGCUGGGAGUUUGUGGGCAAGCGCAGCGGCGGCCCCCGGGCCUUUGCCGGCAGCAGCGCCCUGGUGGGCGAGUACCGCCCGCCGGAGCCGCUCGCCAGGCCGGCGCCGCGGCCCGCGGCACCGGCGCCCGCCGCCGCGGCGCCUGCGGCCGCGCCCGCUGCAGCUGCCAGGCCCGCCGCAUCUGGCAAGCCCCUCGGCCCCGACGACAUUGAGUCGAAGUCAAAGUCGCUCUUCCGCGAGUUUGCGUCCGUCGGCGACUUUUCAGAGGCGGCCACCUGCGUGCGGGAGCUGCGGGACGCGCCAAAGGCGGCCGGCGUGGUUGACCUGUCCGGCGUCGUGGUCACCGGCCUGUCGGAGGUGUUCGACGCGACCGCGGAGAAGCAGCAGGCGGCGCUCGCGGGGCUGGUGGUGCGGCUGGCGGCGGAGGGGGUGGUCAAGGGGGCGGAGCUGUUGAAGGGGCUCGCGCACUAUACGGAGGGGCUGGAGGACCUGAGCCUGGACAUCCCAAAGGCCCCCGAGCUGCUGGGCCGCGUCGUCGGCGCCGCCGCCGCCAAGGGCGCCCUCGCGCUCUCCGAGCUGCCGCAGCUGCUGUCGAAGUGCGAGGGCGCGGAGCCCAAGCGCAAGCUCGCCGGCGCGGCGUUCAGGGCGGCCGCGGCGGAGGGCGGCGGCGAUGCCAAGCUGGCGCAGCUGUGCGCGGCGGCGGGCAUCAGGGCGGGCGAGUUUCUGAAGGCUGAUGAGUUUGAUGGGGACCUGCCCAGCGUCGAGGACUGGCUCAAGUCGGAGGGCCUCUCCGCGGUGCCCAUCUGA